CCGCCAUUACGGUACAACGAGUCGCUCGCAAAGGUUGGGAUUGCGUGAAAAGUGAAACAAACUAAAGUAAAACGGCAUUAAAAUCGGAUAAAACGCACGGCAAAAGCUUGCCAACGCUACAAUAGUGCUGUCGAUUUUGCUUGGAACCGGUGACACGAAAGAAGAACAGAAGUGAAGCGGGGCGAGCGGGGGGCGAAGAGUGAACGACACGUUCCAAAUUCUCCGCACACAAUCUCACACACACACACAUACACCUCCUGGCUAUCUAAGUACACACCCAACCCAGACCGGGGGAAGUGUACGCUCAUUAGGUAGGUUUGACAACCCGGCCCUUUGACAUCGGCAGCCAGGCCCGGCCAGGAAACUAGCUGCUGCUGCGACACCGAAGAAAGCACUAGUCGACAGGGCCGUGCAGGCAGCAGGAAAGGUGCGACUGGAAGAGAUGGCACAGGCAACGGCCACAACUACCGGCUCCCGGCAGCAGUCGGAUGGGACGGGUGACGAGCUGGUGCCAACAACGCCCACCGACGAUGAGAAUCUAUUCAUCAACCCGUCCGAUGGUCUGCCGAACGAGCAUCCGGCCCUACCGAGCGCGUACGAUUCCGACAGUGAAUCGAACCCAGUGGCAGACGACGAUCUGCUGGACGAUCUGCCAACGUCGAUCAUCGUCACCAACAUCCACUCGGAGGUGUUUGCGGACGAAGCGUUGAAGGCCAGCCUGGAGGAUCUGUUUCGCACGUUUUCCGAAAACACUACCUUCCAGUGGUUGAAAAGUUUCCGCCGGUUGCGCGUCAACUACGACAGUGCGCUGGCGGCGGCAAAUGCACGCAUCCGAUUGCACCAGUAUCCCUUCGGCAAGUCGAUCAUAAACUGCUACCUGGCCCAGCCGGUAACGCCGGUUUCCAACACGAACCUGAAGCCCCCGGCACCGGUGAAGCAGUUUCUCAUAUCGCCACCUGCCUCACCACCGGCCGGCUGGGAACCGGCCGAGGAGGGCGAACCGCUCGUUAAUCACGAUCUGCUGGCAGCGUUGGCUAGCCUAACGCCGGGCGAAAGUCACGAAAUACACGCCCAAUCUGAGCACCAUCCGGGAAUCAUCUUGCACACGGCUGCGGAACAGCUGGAAGCGGCGGCAGCGGCUGCAGCAGCGGGCGCGGAUGAGGAUGAAACGGGCGCCAAAUCGUCGAGCAUGGGCAGCAGUUUCGAGGACGACGAUCCGGACAAGGAGAAUUCGCCCGUUGGUGGGUCGAACGUGCGCAAACCACGCAUCAUGCAAACGCGCUGUCCAGAACGCAAAAGUUCCACCUAGAUUGGUUGUUGAUUGGCAGGGAAACAAGAGCGGAAUUGGGCGGUCAUAUGUAAAAAAAGGAAUAUCCCACACAGUUCGAGUAGUUGUUCAUUCGGGAGCGCUAGUGUUCCCUGUUUUAAAGCAUACUCGCAUACGUGCGUCUGAUUUGGUCGCGAGUUAGGAGCACUAUCGAGUGUACGGGCAAGCAAGCCAGCCAGCGAGCAACGUAAAAGCAACAGGCAAGAUAAAUUUAACUAUUUUGUAAUUAUACUCAACACUGCUGUUGUGGCUGGCAUCGUACGGUACGGCGGCAGCACCUUUCCGUUGUCUAAUUAUCGACGAUAGGUUAUCGGUUUCGUUUAUCGUUUAUGUUGAUAAGGUUGCGUGUUAGAUAUACACCAGUCGGGAGUAGGGCGUAAAGAAAAAGGUAAAUUGUUGUAGGUGACAGCGUCCGUACCAAUCAGAAUUUAGUUCCCUUAAUGAUAAAUUUUCCUUUACCAUUUCCGGGGAAAACCGACAACGUUACAGUACGAUACUCAAAACACUAGCUAAAUCUCAAAUUGUGUAUGAUUUUUUCUACUCUAUUGCUCUCCAUUGUCGAGAUUGGUUGUCUUGCAAAUAAAUCUUUUUUUUUUUCUAAUGUUUGUAAAUUUUGAAUAACUUCUCCAUUUUAAGCUUAAGCUUAUGUUUUAUUACCCAAAAACUAUGUUGUCAAUCGCUUUCACCAUGUUCACCUAAGGCGCACUUUAUUUUUUCGAUCGACCAUAGGCGCAUAACUCUUUGUAAAAUUAUUUAGGAGCAUGAACUUUCUCGUUCAGACCACAAAAUCAAAACUAUGAAGCAUAUCGGAGAAGCGUUUUUUUGGGGCGUAGCACACGGCGCAAAAAUUGGUGGAAAGGUUGGAACUCUGCUGCGUGCAAUGACCAAAAUCUCACACCGUUUCAUUUGCAUGUGAAAAGGACAGAACAAUGCUAAUUGAGCGCGAGAACCAUGUUUCCAUGCACCAUUGAUGUUACACAACAAGUCCAUAAGCUCGUUCCAUUAAUAUCUCAACCCCCAGGAAUCAAUUCCCAAUUCCGAGAAGCGCAAGAUAGCAUAAACCUUACGUCGUUCCUUGCGCCGAAAACACGUCACUCACCAAACUCGGUCCAUCUACUAACGCACGCUAAAUCGACUAACUGUUGACGAGAAGGUCAACAUAUAUCGUACGCGACACAGGUCGGUUGGGUAUAUGUGUGCUUACGUGUAAAAUGUAACGACAUGUUGCUAUCGUGGAUGUGAUUCCCUACUGCUCGUUUCCUAUCAGUGUAGAAAAGAAGACAAAACAACCAAACAAAGCGUUACAUGCAUAUUUAUGCGCUCUCGCGCCUCGACAUCAUUCAGUGUUUGUUGUGUCGUUUGCCGGAACGUUUUAUAACUGUUGUAUCUCAUCUUUACUCGAUGAUGGCCGAACCGGCCAUUCGUUGAUUGUUGUGUGCUGCUCAUAUCUGUAUAAUGUAUCCGCCCCAAUGUGUAAUGGUGGUCGUUCGGUUUUGGAGCAUUUUUCUAUCUAUUUUUCUAUGCUAUUAGUACUUACACGACGACCGUAUGAUGUCGCCGCCGAUGUUCACGUAGCACACACGCUCUCACAAAUCGUUUUACCGAUCCCUACAGUGUGUGCGCAUAUAUGUUUCUGUGUGUGUAUGAGUGUACGCAAUAGAACAAUACCAAUCGGAUCCCAUGCGGUAGCGACAGGGGGCACCACCUAUAUAUUGUCACAGUACUUCCAAUAGAACGUUUAUUGUAAUGAGAUUAAGGGUUGAACUGACCAGCAGACGGAUAAUACUGGUAAAUGGCGGACGAACCAAACGAUGCAAAAAAGCAAACAACAAUUUUAGUUAGUGCUACUUACAAAGCGUGUGGAAUGCCGAAUAAUGGACAAAAUGGACACAGGAUAUCUGAUUCAAAAUUUCAUUUUAUCAAACAAACAACAAAAUUACUAUUAAAAUGCAUUCAAAAAGAAGCUUGGAAUUGAUUGAAAAUGGCGUCAAUAUCGCCCCGAACAUUGUAUCCCCCAAGAAUUGAUGAAACAUUAGUGGCAUUAUUUGUUGAUUAGCAAACAAAAAAAAAAACUCCUGUUGUUAAUCAUAAUAAUGCGUGUGUGUGUGAUGGAUUACUGGAGCAAAAUUUGCUGCCGCUUGCAGUGGGCAGGAUCUCGUUAAUUUUAUCGUCAAGGUAAACACCGGUAGCAUUAAACAUAGUAUAAAUGUAGCCGAGUGGACCGAAAGGAGUGAGAGACCGUGAAAACGUGUGUUGUUUGCAGAUACUGACUAGUAGUGUAGAGGAAAAGAUUUAGCAAAAGAAACCAAAACAAACAGAGAGAGAGAGAGAGAGAGAGAGAGAGAGAGAGAGAGAGAGAGAGAGAGAAAUAAAAAAGCUAUCAAAUGAGUUGGUAAGUGAUGGAUCAAUUAUUAUUAUUGACGAAGAUUGCAGGUAGUUUGAGGAAGAUAUUAUAUACAUAACUGUCAAAUAAAGUUUGAUAUAGAUUUAAA